AUAAAUCCCUUAAAAAAUCCGAGAAUAUCCAAAAUAUUUUGGACUUUAUCUCUACAAAAACGUAAAAACCUAUUAGAAAAACUGAAUAUUUCAACUUGUUUUUCUUAAAUCCCUAAUCACUACCCCCAGGCACAUGACAAAAUCCCCUGGAGGGGAUAACAAUAACAACAAUGAAAAAACCUCAAAUAAAGAUGGCGUCCUUGAAACAUGUCAAUUCCGUGAGAGCCUAAGAACUAGACUAAAAAAUCAGUGAAAAAAAAACAGAAAUCCUCAAAGAGAGUACGGAAAAUUUUUCUAAAAAUUGACUAACGAAAAAAAUAAUCGUCUCAAUGGCGACAAUGUACAAAUUACGUCCGAUCAUUCGUCACGGGGAUGUGCUAGACCGGUCGAGUGAGUGCAUGUACGAAAUGAAAAAUAUUCAUCGCAAUGGCCACACGAGGCAGGACUGCAGGAUCGUGUCGAAUGUCACUGAGCAGGUUAUCAACUUUCUAAAGAGUCCGCUGCCAGAAGUCAAAGCACUGGAAACUAGACAGGAAAAAAUCCUGGUACAAUUGGCAGAGUUGAAGGAGCAAGUACUGAAUCUCUGUGAUGUUUUGAAGAAAAAUGAGAAGGCUUCUGGACUGCCGAAAGUCAAAAGGGAACCUCUGAAUAUAGACCUGGUGUUGAAUGUCAAUCCUGAGAGUCCCUCGUACUCGCUCCUUGCUUUAGGAAAACUUUGGAGUGAUGUGGACUUCAGAAUAGAACCUUUUACGCAUUCCAGUGUCAAGGGACGCAUUCCUCCAGGUUUCGAAAGGAGGAGAGGCUGUGGAGAUACUAUUGUCAAUAUUUCGCUGAUUUGGAAACAAGUAAACAAUACGGAAAUAGUGCUCUCUGGCCUCCAUGGAUACAACAUCCUGGGUGAAGUUAAUCUCCUCAGGUACCUGGCAAGACGCUUAGACAAUUACGAUUCCCUUUCUCCAGAAGAAAUAAUGAAAAUCGACCGAAUUCUGGAUUUAUCGCAUCAACUUGCCUACGAGAAGAGUCCCAAGAAGAAAAUGACAAUUAUUGGACUUCUAGAGAAGGACUUUGGCGCUAGCUUGUGGUUUUCAGGUCAAAAAAGUCCUGGAAUUGCAGACGCAGCUGUUUGGUCAGCUUUGAAGCAAUCAUCCCUCGUGUCUACCCCCUCAAAUCUGUGUCAGUGGUUUUCAAAAUGUUCACAGACUUUCCAAAACUGAUUCAAUUGACGAAUAAAUAUUGAUACAAAUUUAAUAAA